ACGGCUAACGUCCCCACGGACGCCUGAUGUCAUCACGUUGGGUUAGUGUCAAAACUUCCGGAAAGACACCACCCCGAUUAAAUGUAGAAAUAAACAAAACAUAGAGCCGAUGAAAAUCUGGAUUUGUCUUCCGAGGAGGUCAUAUACCUGUAGCUAACAGGUAUAUGUAACAGCAACAUAGUUUAAAUAAUUUAAUAGCCACGGGUGUCUCGUAUUUCGGCAGAUUUAAGCACCUAGCUAAGCUAAGCUAAUCUGGCUUCAGCUGCAAACAUGAUGGCGUCCAGCUACAACGCCAAGGAAGAAGACGGCCAUCAUUCCGGGGCCUCGGGAGCUACUGGAAACGCCGUCCGGAGUAAAAAACCAGACAACACGGCUUUCAAACAGCAGCGUUUACCGGCGUGGCAGCCUAUCCUUACAGCUGGCACGGUGUUACCGGCGUUCUUCGUUAUCGGGCUGAUCUUCAUCCCUAUCGGUAUCGGGCUGUACGUCACGUCCAACAACAUCAAGGAGUUUGAGAUUGAUUACACAGGGGCAGACGCCUCGAGUCCAUGCUACAACUGCUCACAGAGCAGCUGGAACAUCACGACGCAAUGUAAAUGCUCUCUGCCCUUCUUUCUUGAGCAGCCCUUUGAGAGCAAUGUUUUUAUGUACUAUGGCCUUUCAAACUUUUACCAAAACCAUCGUCGCUAUGUGAAGUCCAGAGAUGACAGCCAGCUGAAUGGAGACCUCUCAUCUCUUAAGGACCCGAGUAAAGAAUGUGAGCCGUACCGCAUGAUUGGAACCACACCCAUUGCCCCUUGUGGUGCUAUUGCUAACAGCAUGUUUAACGACACGCUGGAAUUGAUUUAUCUCGACCCCAAUGGAACCAGGAUCACAAUUCCGCUGAUAAAGAAGGGCAUCGCCUGGUGGACGGAUAAGCAUGUGAAAUUCAGAAACCCUGGUGGCAGUAACUCCAACCUCACUGCUGUUUUUCAAGGAACUGCGAAACCAGUCAACUGGCGUAAGCCUGUCUUUGAGCUGGACUCAGACCCGGAGAACAACGGCUUCAUUAACGAAGACUUCAUUGUGUGGAUGCGAACGGCUGCCCUGCCCACAUUUAGGAAACUCUACCGUAUCAUCCAGAAGAAAAACAACAUGACCCCAACACUUCCCAGAGGCAACUACACUCUGGAAGUCAGUUACAAUUAUCCCGUGCGCAGCUUCGAUGGCCGAAAGCGCAUGAUCCUCAGCACCAUCUCGUGGAUGGGAGGAAAGAACCCUUUCCUGGGCAUCGCCUACAUCACCGUGGGCUCCGUCUGCUUCUUCCUCGGAAUCGUCCUGCUCUUCAUCCACCAAAAAUACGGAAACCGCAACAACAGCUCUGACAUUCCCAACUAGCUUCGUGUGAUCACCUGCAUGCUGUCUGCCACAUGCAUGAUGAAGACCAACCGCUUAUCAUCUGAGCUUGCCUCUGUGUGUGUCCUGUGUGUAUAUGAGUAUUGUGCUUGGAGUGCAGCUCUGCAGAGCAUUAUGUUUAAAACAGUUGUUGAAUUAUAUAUAUAUAUGUAUGCGUAUUUAUUUUUAAAGAGGUCAAUGGUGUUCUGUAUUAAGUCAUAAUUUUAUUUUUAGUCAGUAUUUCUGUAUUUUAGUAUGGCUUAUGGGCUUCUAUAAUCUGAAGUGUAUAUAUUUGAACACGCUGUGAGAAGCGAGACUUUGCAAAAACAUUUACUUGAUUAAACUUAAUGAAUGUAUAUAAGCUAUAACAGUCAGAGCUGAAUUCUUGCCUAAGUCUUGCUGCCUAGUGUUCCUGCAGCAAUUGCCACAGGACACGUAAUCUAGUAGGUCAACUUCUUUAACAGCUGUAGUUCAGCCGAACAUAAGCCUUACAGCUCCAGUGCAGAAUGCAUUUUCUUGGCUGAUUGACUAACAUUGAAAUGGCUAUAAUUAAUACCAAACUCUGAAGUACAUUCAGUGUAAAGUUCCUUUUCUGUUAAGCAAUUUGGGAUCAAAAUGAAUUCCUGCUUAUAUGGUUUAUAGAGUGCCGUGACCUGACUCAAAGAUAUCUCUAGACCUGUGUGUGUGUUAUUUAAAUGCACUCCUUAGUGUCUUUUAAUUUUUUUUAAAAAUUAUUAUUUUUUUUUAAAAGGGUGCUUUUGGUUUUAUGGUUUGAAGUUUUUAUGAAUGUCACAGGUUAUCAUGUUCAUGUCAUGUCCAGUUGUUUGCACUUUAGGCUUGGCACGGCUGUAUGUUGGUCAUUUGGGUCACUUUUAUGGAUGUGUUCGUCCUUGUUUCAGAGAAAUAAAAUUAGAUGGAAACAAA